AUGAGCACAUCUUCGAAAUACGCUAAUUUACCAGAUAUAGACACAGCGCCAGAUGUUUACGAGACUGAAGAGCCAGUGCCGCAUUCUUCACAAGCUCUCUCAGAUGAAGAUGAUAUCCGCGAAACUCAACAGAACGCUUCGAAUGACGCUGACGCGAUUGACGCCGCGAAGCUCCCAAAUGCUAAAAGCACAAGCCGUAAGUUCAGGCGUCGGCGAUUCAAUGGCGUGAAAGGGCAAGACUUUUCUGGCUCAGUUGCUAGACUAGGCGUGAUUGAAUCCAGCGGCAGCGAUGGCGAUAGUGACGAGAGCGAGCAAUUUAGCACUCAGCGCUGGAAGGGAAUCAAUACACGAGACCGUCUCCAUCUCAUCAAUGCUGAGAUUGCAGAUAUCGAACGCGGCGUGAGCGGUGGUGACCAGGAUGACGAUAUCGAUGGAAUAUUAAAGCAGUUGAUGGAGUACAGAACUCGUAUUAGUAGCAUUGGCAAUAGACGUGCACCUCCACUUCAAUUGCGCGAGAAUGUGCCUCAGGAUCGGGAGGGACGUGAGCACGCAGAAGAGACUAGUGAAGAGCACCCUAAACAGCCUGAAGAACGAUCUAAGCAACCUAAAGAUUUCUCUGAAGACACACGUUUGCUUACUCUUGAUGAAAGACUGCGCGCACUCGAAAAGAGCGUCGGGACUGACACAGUUGGUGUGUCUACAGAUGCAGGUGAUACGUUCCCUUCCCCGCUUGUGACAACAAUUAGCAGGCUAGAGCAGCAAAUGUCGUUGCUGACCCAACCUCGCCAUCUCGACGCUAUUUCUCGUCGUCUCAAACUGCUCAACACGGAGAUGGAGAAAAUGCAUGAAGCGAGACGGCACAAAGAUGAUUCAGACACUAUACCAAACAUCAAGAUGGACGAUGGCCAAGGCGAGAAAAUAGACAGACUAUUCGAUUCACUCAAGCGCAUUGAGCCACUUAUACCACUCACUCCACAUCUGCUCGACAGACUAAGAACAUUACAAGGGGUCCAUAGACGCAGUGCGGAUGUCGUGGGCGAGAUUGACGAUUUCAAGGCAAGACUGCUAUCGACGUCAUCUAAUGUCAAGACACUUAGUGAGGUUACUAGCACGCUCGAGGCUAGUCUUAAAGAAAAUGACGAGAUAACAAAGCGCAACAUUGAUGCUGUGAUGGAAAGGAUGAAUGAUAUACAGAAGCGGUUUGCUAAGCUGGAAGCAAAGUGA